AUGUCAAAAAUUCUAAAAUAUGGAGACCUAAUCACAAUCCGAAGCGCCAACAACAAUGAAUAUCUCUCAAGGGUGAACAAUGAUACAAACACAUUUCCCAACAAUCCGGUUUACCUAAUCCUUCUUUCACCCGUAACUACUCGAAACCGAAAUCGGGAGCCAGUAUAUGUGGGAGAUAAUUUCUUUUUGAAAGCAGAGUCGGAUGACAUGUAUUUGCAACGAUACGGAAAAAAAGUUUGGGGCGGUCGAGAUUUGUACGGAUUGGAGUUUGUGCCACCUUCUGAAAAUGGACCUACGCAGUAUUUGUCGAUUGAUGGUCCGGGUAAGUUGGGUACAUUGGUUGAGAAGGGACAGCCAGUCGCGUUGUCUUUUGGCGGUGUCGCGGAUGGAAUUGACUUGGAAAAAGAUCCAAAUAUUAGGACUCGUCGUCUUUUGACUAUUGCUUUUCCACCAUAUGUUUUGAGUGGGACUUGGGGAGAAUAUGAAAAAGUUUUGUUUAAUGAUGCUCUUAGAAGUCAUUAUUAA